AUGUCAUCACAGAACCAACUUAGAGUCGCCAAUUCAUCAGCGACGUUAUUGGACUUAAUUCUGUUGAGCAAUAAAUCUAAAAUAAUAAAAGCAGGGACAUUAGAUCCGGCUAUAUCUGAUCACAAAAUGAUUUAUGCUAUUAUGAAUUUAAUUAAGAAAAGAGAACACCCAAUAAUCAAAACUGUGAAGAACUACAAAUAUGUAGAUAAAAGUAAAUUCAAAUCAGCAUUACAAAACGUCCCAUGGUGGGUAUGUGAUAUAUUUGACGAUUUAGAUGAUGUGCAAAAUGCCUGGGAACUGUUAUAUAAAGACGUGGUAGAUGAGUAUAUCACAGAGCGAAAAGUCAAAGUGAAGCAAAAUUCAUUGCCGUGGGUUAAUACGGAAAUCAGAAAGCUUUUGAAUAAGAGAUUUAAACUUCUGAAGAACUGGCAGCACACUAAAAAUCCAAUAGCACAUAAGAAAUAUAAGGAAGCGAGAAAUUUAGCAAAUAUUCGGAUGAGAAAAGCGGAAUCCAAAUAUUGGAAAAGUGAAUUUGAUAAUGCAACUAACUCUAAAGAAUUCUGGAAGGUAGUGAAGAAAGUGCACAGGAAAACGAAAGCAAUACAAAUUGGACCACUUGAAGAUGACCUAGGAAAU